CACAUGUGCUUUUUAAGACGGCCGGGAGCGUCUGCGAGCUGGAUCGGGUGGAGGAUGCUGCGGCAGGUCAUUCGCAGAGGGCUCCAGUCGUUCUGCCACAGGCUGGGCUUGUGCGUGAGCCGGCACCCCGUCUUCUUCCUCACCGUGCCUGCAGUCCUGACCAUCAUCUUCGGCUUCAGCGUGCUCAACCGCUUCCAGCCGGAGAGCGACCUGGAGCGGUUGGUCGCUCCCAGCCACAGCUUGGCGAAGAUCGAGCGGAGCCUGGCGGGGAGCCUCUUCCCGCUGGACCAGUCCAAAAGCCAGCUGUAUUCGGACUUGCACACCCCUGGGAGGUAUGGCAGGGUAAUCCUCCUAUCCCCACCCGGACACAAUAUUUUGCUUCAGGCUGAGGGGAUCCUGCAGACCCACCGAGCCGUGCUGGAAAUGAAGGAUGGGAGGAGCACCUUUAUUGGACACCAACUGGGUGGUGUCGAUGUGCCCAACAGCAAAGACCAGCGGGUCAAGUCAGCCAGAGCCAUUCAAAUCACCUACUACCUCCAGACCUAUGGCUCUGCUACCCAAGACCUCAUUGGGGAGAAGUGGGAGAGUGAGUUCUGCAAACUGAUGAGGAAGCUGCAAGAGGAGCACCAGGACUUCCAGCUGUUCUCUCUAGCAUCGUUUAGCCUCUGGAGAGACUUUCAUAAGACCAGUAUCUUGGCCAGGAGCAAGAUCCUGGUGAGCCUCAUGCUGAUCUUGACUACAGCCACCCUCUCCAGCUCGAUGAAAGACUGCCUGCGGAGCAAGCCCUUUCUGGGCCUCCUGGGUGUCCUAACAGUUUGCAUAUCCAGUGUAACUGCGGCAGGGAUAUUCUUCAUCACUGAUGGAAAAUACAAUUCCACCCUCCUGGGGAUCCCUUUCUUCGCAAUGGGUAAUUAUCCCUCUUUAUCAUGAUAAGAUUUUUGUGGCUUUGGUAGAAGAGAUUCCAGAUAGAUUUUUGUCUUUGCAAUAGAAUUAGGGAUAUUGCUACAUCUGUUUUAAAUCUAAUUGUGUGGUUUGGUUGGGCUAUGAAAUACAUUCCAUUGAUCAAAGCAUUUCAGGCAGGAAUACAUCUUAACAAAUGGCUCCCAACUUAUAGUUUAAGGGAUAGUACAGUGGACGUGUUACUGCUGAUGGAGGCAUUCUAUAUCAGUGUCCUUAUCUAUGAAAUUAGAGAGGUUGGGCUCUGAAUUCCUUUCUGGCUGUUACUCUAUUGUUGUAUGAAAUGCCUUCCCCCUUUAUAACAGAUAAUUUAUUUUUAAUCUUCAAUAUUAAAAAAUAUUGAUAUUUCAUUGCCAAUAUAUUCUUCUCUUCCUCCUAGAGAGCUAGUUAUCUUUCAUUGCAAAGAAUUUAAAAAGGAAUGAGACAGUUCAGAAAAGCUAUUUAUACAUCAGAAAAGUCUAAUCUCAUAUAAUGUUUCAAAUACAUAGUUUUCUACCCAAAGGUAUACAGGUAAAUGUUAAACUACAAUAAAUACAAAAAAAAAUCUAAUGCACAGAACACACUUUUAAGCAUAAUUUGCACUAACUUUUUUGUUAUUUCUUUCUUAAAUCUAGAUAAUCAAUAACGAAUAAAUAAAGCCCUAAUUUGUAAUAUAUGACAGUUUUCCAAAGUAAAAAAGGUCAUACUGAAAAGCUGACAAUCUGGUCAUCUAAACCUGUUCAUACUAGUACAUCCCUGCCCUCAGCUAUGCAGAUGUGGGAGAGAG